AUGUACAACCUGAGUAGCUACAACACAGGUGACUUCACCCUCCUGGGCAUCCCUGGCCUUGAGCAGUACCACGUCUGGAUCAGCAUCCCCUUCUGCUUUAUCUAUCUCGUGGCCAUUGUGGGCAACAGUAUCCUUCUCUACCUCAUUGCUGUGGAGCGGAGUCUUCACGCACCCAUGUUCUUUUUCCUUUCCAUGCUAGCCAUUACAGAUGUGAUCUUGUCUACCACAUGUGUCCCCAAAACCCUUACCAUCUUCUGGCUUGGUCCCCAGAAAAUCAGUUUUCCUGGUUGUCUCACCCAGUUAUUCUUUCUGCAUUAUAGCUUUGUCCUGGACUCAGCUAUACUCCUGGCCAUGGCAUUUGACCGCUAUGUGGCCAUCUGCUCCCCUCUGAGAUACACCACUAUUCUGAACCCCAGGACCACUGUCAAAAUUGUUGUGGGAAUUUCCUUCAGAAGUUUCUGUGUUAUAGUUCCAUGUGUUUUCCUUGCAAAUCGUCUACCUUUCUGCGGGACACGCAUCAUACCACACACAUACUGUGAGCACAUAGGUGUGGCCCGACUUGCCUGUGCUGACAUCUCCAUCAACAUCUGGUAUGGCUUUUGUGUUCCCAUCAUGACAGUCAUCUCAGAUGUGAUUCUCAUUGCCGUUUCUUACACCCUCAUCCUCUGUGUAGUCUUCCGCCUCCCCUCCCUAGAUGCCCGUCAGAAGGCCCUUGGCACCUGUGGUUCCCAUGUCUGUGUCAUCCUCAUGUUCUAUAUACCAGCAUUCUUCUCCAUCCUUGCCCAUCGCUUUGGGCAUAAUGUCCCCCGUACUUUUCACAUCCUCUUUGCUAACCUCUAUGUAGUUAUGCCACCUGCACUCAAUCCUAUUGUCUAUGGAGUAAAGACCAAGCAGAUCCGGGACAAAGUUAUUCUCCUGCUCUUUCCCCAGAAGGUUGCAGUGAUAUAG